AUGCUGCUUCAACACCAACUCUUGCUAUCGGCCGCGGCCCUUCUCGCCGCCGGCGAAUCCACCACUAUAGUCUCCCUCUUCUGGGACGUGCCAGUAUCCGGGUCGUCCAUGGCCGCGACCGGCUACGUCGCCGCCGCCGACGCCACGGCCACGACCUACGUGCUAGACUGCGAGAGGGAGUACUGCGCCUUUUCCACGCGCACAGAGUACGCGCGCAUCACGGCGGGGCCGGGCUGGCAGGAAUACAACCGCCACAGCGUGGACGAGUACGACACUGACGACGACGGCAAUCCCGCGCAGGAGUCGGUACAAUCGUCGUGCACCUUUGUCGGCGGCACCACCGAGGCCACGUGCGAGGACUUUUCUUCCACGUCGUACGAAAGUACCAGUUACGAGGCGUUUUACUGGAAUGUGACAUACCUUCCCACCCUGCCCGAGUCCCGGGGACAACAAAAUUUUGACGUUUUUCCUGGAUUGCAACCAAUGCUGAUCACUUCGGGCGUGGAGCUGCUUGCGGGGACGGCGACGGCGACGGCGACGACGACGGGGGACUCCCUUUCAAACACCGCGACAGCUACGGGUACCGGAAUGGGGACAGGAACAGACUCGGCGACAAGCACAACUGGCACGGCGACAAGUGAUGCGGGACCAUUGAACGGUCACCAAUCAUUCUUAUUUGGCAUCAUUUGCUUGACAGUCAUUGCUGUGAGGAUGUAA